AUGGCACCGAGACCUCCACCUACAAGAGAACCGCAACAACCCGCUUUCCUUCGUCUUAGCACAUUUCUUCGUUUGUCUCCUCGCGCGAACGCAGUCCCUGUUCGUCACAUCCAUCCUCGUGAUCCUCUAGAUGUCCCUGCUACAUUACCCCUACCAUCGUCUCUUUCAGAUCAGGUCCCAGCUCGAUUUGAUCGUUUCGAAAUAAGUUUGCCUCCCCGCUCGAAUGGAGUCGUGCAAUCCCUACGGCAGCAUCUUUCUUUCCUCGUGCCCAGACACAGCCAUGGUCCACCAGUCGUCGAAGUUGCACCAGGGCGGAAACGGCUCCUUGCUGCCAAACUACUGGAAUACAAGAAAGUAGACGAUACACGACAUCCGUCUAGCCAACAGGCGCAGGAAAACGACACAGCUGACACUGAUUCGCUCCCAGAUGUGCAUUGGGUCAAGGCGUUCCUCUGCUAUUACUCGUGUUGGUCUCAUGGCAGACUGAGGAUACCUCCUCGGUGGCACCUGGAGCGCGUCGACAUCCCUCGCCAGGACGGUACAAAUGUUGAUCUGGUCAAGACUCUCAUUGUACAUCAUCACGGACUGUACUCGGCCGUCGUCCAAAUCAACCUUCUCUUCUUUACCUCUAACCUCGUACAUACAAUCUGUGUGAAAUUCGAUAGCACGACACCAAACCACGAAAUUGUUGUGCAUGGAUUCGAGCAAGAGGACUCUCUCACUCUCAGUCCUUUCAGUUCUAAUAUUCGUACUCUCAAGUAUUGCCUUGGGUACUCGUUUGGCCAACCUGAUCAUCGACCGUCAACGAAUUUCACAUUUCGAUCUGCAUUUGUGACGCUCCACCCGACAUCCUUGCUCAAGCUAGCAUACGCAUUCCCUACAAACGUCCAUCAUUCCCUGAUACAACCCGUCGUUCUUCUGGCGGGCACUGCAGACAGCCGGGAGCUCUUCAUCGACUCCCUUGCCCAGUGGCAGGCCUUUUUCAAUUCUAUCCGGUGGUUGUCCGACAAGGGAAAGCAAAAGAAAGAGGAGAUGAAGGAGGAAUCACGGCCAGUCUAUGAUGAGCUUGAGGACGACGAAGAGGAAGCAAAUGUUCUUGAUCUAGUCGUGCCUCCUCUCGGGUACACUAAACCUAUUCGUUCACAAAAUUAA